GUGUAAAGAGCAAGCACAUUUCUCUUUCAGUUCUCGGGAAUGGACACCCGAGCAAGUUCAUCGGAAUGGAGCGGGGCCUCAUCGGCAACCGCACGGCUUGCACCAAGGAGCGCUUCCUCAUAGUUGUCGAUACUUCGGUUGCUCGCCACGAUGCUUUACCCCCACACGCAGAUGUCCCAAAUGCUCAACGGUGGACGUGGCUCCCACUGACCUCAUUGCAGGCCACCAUCUUUGGUUGGGAAGAUGUGCUCAACAAUCCUGCAGGCUGGAAGGGCAAAGCUUCGGAUGGCACCGACGACGCUGAAGAUGCGGAGGCUUCAGAAGAAGGCAUUGAAGCGGAGGGGCCCUUGCGGGGAUACCCGGUGACUUUGCCAGAUGGAGUGCCUUCCAGGGUCCGGUACAUUGUUGUGCGUGAUGGCGAAGGCUCUUCCACUUUGAGGACUGAAUUCCGCAUUUCCAGCAAGUGGAAUUUUCCGGAUCCCACGGACCAUAUUCGUGCUGGGGCGCGGCGAGUGUGCGACCAUUUUCGUGGACGACCGCAUGCCGUGCUGGAAAUGGACGAGGGUGGACGGAAGCUAUGCAUGGGUUUGCUGCGACUUUGCAAGGUCAGCUCUCCGCAGCGGUGGCCUUGCUUGACCUCGCCGGCGGCGGAGGGGCUUUUGAUGCGACUGGCCAAGUCAAGAUUACGGCUGAUCACGUCGAGCCGCCUAGUGGAAAUCCAGCUGCAGAUCCGGACCAUCUUUCGCUCUGCCAUUGACAGUGAUUUGACGGAUGACCUGCUACCAGAGCAAAUAGCCCAGCCGAUUCAUGGAGACUACCCUGCAGACACUUUCGCGCCGCCAGACAACGAUGAGGGAGACACGGCCACCACUGAUCUGCCCAUUCCGGUGGCUCCACAGGAUUUGCUCUCUGAAAGCCAGUUGUUUCAGACUGGCUUUGGCACUGGUGGUGACAUGCUUCUUGGACAGCCUCAGGAUGGUGCGCAGCUCCAAGACCGUCAGCUCAUCCGCAAGCUGCUGCUCCACGGCGCCAGUCGCAUCAAGCUCAGCAAGCUUGUGGACAUUUACCAUAUCGCGCACACCUCCGGCAGCGGUUCCGGCAAGAAGCGCAAGAAGAUCCGACCAUCCAUGGCCAAGGUGAAGCUGGUCUGUGAAGCGGCCUUCAAACAGUUUCCACGCCUUGGACGUGUGGAAGGUGGCAAGGAUGCCGCCGUGUCAUUGAAGACUUGGAGCACCAGUCGCCGCAACCAGAUCCUGUACCACAACGGGUGCAUGCGAGCGUGCAGGGUUUCAAUCCGUGAGAUUUCGCACCGCCGAGCUUUGUUCCACAAUAGUGGUGAAGGCCGUGCUGCAGCGGCCGCCGACCCUGCAGAGCCAGCCCAGCCUGAGGCCCCUGCUCCGCCUACCCCACCAACAGGACGCGUGCCAGAGGACAUUGUUCUAAGCUCAAACCGGGCAAAUUGCCCAAAGUGCAGAUGCCCCUUGCAACAAGCGCCUGCAAAACCGAACCAGAGGGGGGCUGUGAUUUGCGAGGUGGUUGCAGAGCCUGACACGUUUCUGGCUUGGCACGUGUCCAGCACUUGCUCUUUCUGCAAUUCUACAGACAAGUUUUGGCGCGGGUUUGUCGAACCGACAGAGAAUGGAAUGAAGCAGAAGCGGGUUGACCUCCCUCACGCCCAAUAUUUCUUCGUAUCCAAGAAGAUGGCAGUUGCAUUGACAUGGUGCAGGAGGUGGCGGUACCGCCAAUAUUUGGACAGGGCUUCCUAUCAGGGCGAGGCCGUGCUUCUCAGGCUCCUGCACCCCUCAGUGCAGGUCAAAGCUCGACAACAGCUCUCAGAAGCAUGGGCCCGAGAAAUUCUCUGGCGGAGAGCGCAAGUUGAAACCACAGAGUUGCAGGACAGGCUCGGCAAACAGUUGCACGCUCUGCCCCUGGAAGCUUUGCUCGAGGCAAACUGGGAGUGGUACGAGGAGCAGAUGUUUCAGAGGCCUAUGGCUUUCCAAAGCGCACAGCGGCUAGCGCAGAUUCAGGAGAGUGGAGAUCCCUUGGAAAUACUUGCUGUGGAUGGAAAUGCGAAGCUCCAUCGACGAACGUGUGGCGCUCCUUAUGCGGAGGUGAUCCCAUCUCGCCACCUCAACAAGCUCUUGCUACGGGGGUGCAGCUUGCGACCUCAUGGAACAGAUACCCUUUGUCGCCACCAUGCGGCUGCCAGGGACCGAUUUGCCAGUCAAGCCCUUGGAACCAUUGGCCGCCACCGACUCCGGCGGGCGCUGCAUAGUGCGGACGACGUCUGCCAUUUAGAAUACAAAUUUUAG